CCGGCUCAAGAUUAAACUGCCGGAAUAACAUUUCCACAAAGUCUUGCCUUCCUUAAGUUGGCCCAUCGUGUGCUGCUUCAGGGGCGCUUUGGGGAAGGGGCACCCCUGCCUGCCCCUCGGGACACCCCUGGAGAGGCCAUAGAAUUGUGUGUCACCUGCAAACUGGCUGCUUCGUCGAGGCUUCAGGCAGUUUAUGAGCUGGGGAGGGCGAGGGGGGGUCUGCUCUGUCUGAGUGUUGAUUGCAUCCCUGUGCAAGGACAGAUAUUAGCGGCACGUUGCUCUCCAAUUCCCAGCUGCAAACCGAAGGCGAAAGACGGCAUUCGUGUUCGCAGGAGGUGUUGUAAAAUGCAUGAGGCUUUUUUCCUCACCACGUCUUGGAAGCCGAGGGUAGGGGAAACCGAGAGCGCCUUGGAUCCCAAAGCAGGCAGGAAUCUGCCCUCCCGUAUUCCUUGGGUCGCUCUGACUACGGAUUAGCAAAGACUGGCCCCGUCUUUCCCUCUCUCUUCUUUCCAAAAUCUGUUUUUGUUGUUGUUGUUGUUGUUUGCAAGUAGCCUUUCCCCCCCCCCCUCCCAUAAUGGCCUUCUUGCCUUGUUUGAUUUGCACGGAAGGAAAAGAGGCGGCUGCUGCUGCGUUCGGUCACUGAUCUCUCCUUCCUUCCCCGCCUGGCCUAAGGCUAUGCUGAGAUUUCUCGCCCGCUUGUACUGUUGCAGCAGUUCCAGCGAAGAAUAUCCCGAGGAUGACAAAUGUAUUCUGAGCCGUAUCGCGGUGACCAACAUGCCAUUGAAAUGGAAAACGAGCUCGCCUGCUAGCUGGAAGUUCCCCGUGCCUGUGCUUAAAACCUCCCGGUCAUCGCCGCUUUCUCCAGCCUACAUAUCUUUGGUUGAAGAGGAAGAGCCUCACAUGAAAGUCACUCUGGGGAGCAGCGAUAUGGGCUUGUCUGCUCACCUGCAGGCAUCGAAGGCAGGAACCACCCGAUUCUUCACCAGCAAUACUCACAGUUCUGUGGUCCUCCAGGGUUUCGACCAGCUGCGUGUAGAAGGGUUGCUUUGUGAUGUGACCUUAGUGCCAGGCGAUGGAGACGAAGUGUUCCCUGUGCACAGGGCUAUGAUGGCGUCUGCUAGUGAUUACUUCAAGGCCAUGUUCACAGGCGGGAUGAAAGAGCAAGACUUAAUGUGCAUCAAACUGCACGGUGUGAACAAAAUAGGUUUAAAGAAGAUCAUUGAUUUUAUUUAUACGGCGAAACUUUCCCUCAACAUGGACAACCUGCAGGACACUCUUGAAGCGGCCAGUUUUUUGCAGAUCUUGCCCGUGCUGGACUUCUGUAAAGUGUUUCUUAUAUCCGGGGUGUCCUUGGAGAACUGCGUUGAGGUGGGGCGGAUUGCCAACACGUACAACCUCACCGAAGUGGAUAAAUACGUGAACAAUUUCAUCCUCAAGAACUUCCCAGCCUUGCUAAGUACGGGGGAGUUUGUGAAGCUCCCCUUCGAGCGCCUUGCCUUCGUCCUCUCCAGUAACAGCCUUAAGCACUGCACCGAGCUGGAACUCUUCAAGGCCGCCUGCCGGUGGCUGCGGUACGAGGAGCCUCGCAUGGAAUGCGCCGCGAAGCUCAUGAAAAACAUCCGUUUCCCUCUGAUGACACCCCAGGAUCUCAUCAACUACGUCCAGACGGUGGAUUUCAUGAGGACCGAUAACACUUGCGUCAACUUGCUCUUGGAAGCCAGUAACUAUCAAAUGAUGCCCUACAUGCAGCCGGUGAUGCAGUCGGAGAGAACGGCCAUCCGCUCGGACAGCACCCACCUGGUGACCUUGGGAGGGGUCCUCCGGCAGCAGCUGGUCGUGAGUAAGGAACUGCGGAUGUACGAUGAGAAAGCGCACGAGUGGAGGUCCCUGGCCCCCAUGGACGCACCCCGAUACCAGCAUGGCAUCGCGGUGAUCGGGAACUUCCUCUAUGUGGUUGGCGGGCAGAGCAAUUACGACACGAAAGGGAAGACGGCUGUGGACACGGUUUUCAGGUUUGACCCUCGCUACAAUAAGUGGAUGCAAGUGGCUUCCUUAAAUGAAAAGCGGACUUUCUUCCACCUAAGUGCCCUCAAAGGACAUCUCUAUGCCGUCGGUGGUCGCAAUGCAGCCGGGGAAUUAGCUACGGUGGAGUGUUACAAUCCCAGAAUGAACGAAUGGAGCUACGUGGCGAAGAUGAACGAGCCCCAUUAUGGCCACGCGGGGACUGUCUAUGGGGGCCUGAUGUACAUUUCAGGUGGCAUCACCCACGACACUUUCCAGAAGGAGCUCAUGUGCUUUGACCCCGACACGGACAAAUGGACGCAGAAGGCCCCCAUGACCACGGUGAGAGGCCUCCACUGCAUGUGCACGGUGGGCGAUAAGCUCUACGUCAUCGGGGGCAACCAUUUCCGGGGCACCAGCGAUUACGAUGACGUGCUCAGCUGCGAAUAUUACUCCCCCACGUUGGACCAGUGGACUCCCAUCGCGGCCAUGCUGCGUGGCCAGAGUGACGUCGGGGUGGCUGUCUUUGAGAAUAAGAUCUACGUGGUCGGGGGCUACUCCUGGAACAACCGUUGUAUGGUGGAGAUCGUUCAAAAGUACGACCCAGAGAAGGACGAGUGGCACAAGGUCUUUGACCUGCCGGAGUCCCUGGGGGGCAUCCGGGCCUGCACACUGACAGUCUUCCCCCCCGAGGACAAUCUAGCUUCACCUUCACGGGAGUCGCCUCUUUCGGCGCCUUGAGAGUGGUCCUGGGGGGGGGGCUCGUGGGACCCUUGUUCUCCUGCUGCACCGCGUCAUGGGUCCUCUCCUCGUCUCCAGUAGUUUCUAUGGGGUUUGCACUGAAACUGUUGGCAAAUAAUGGGUGGGGGGGAAAGGCAUGACGGUUCACGGGGUGUUUGGUGUGGGGAGUUUCUCGCGGUGGGCCUGGGAAAUGCUGGACUCCAAAGGCUCAACGAAGGAGGAGGAAACGGUGGCGCCUCCUGUCGGUUUUUAACUUGCAGGAGAGCGAAGGCAGAAGAUGGGCUGAAUGGCAUCUGCAGAGCCCCUUGGCCAAGCCUGGAGGAAAGCUUCCUCAUGGGUGGGGAGAGGGACACCCCCCCUCUGGCCCCGGCUGCCUCCCCCCGCCCCCUCCCCCAAAUGAAUGGAGCGUUUUAGACUCAGCAUGAAAUGGCCCUGCAGGAGUUUGGAAGAGGUAAAGGAGGAAGGGGCACCUGAGGUGACCUUGGAUCUGUACAUCGGUGGGGGGGGAGGGGGCUUCCCCUCCCUUGCCGCCCCCUCCCCCCCAAUUAAAAAAAAUGAAGCAUUAACUGAGGGUUUUGUUCUUUUUCUCUUUGCCUUCUCACUCCUCCCCCUCCCUGGCCCUCCCCCCCCCUCGGUGAUUUGGGGCCUAGGUGGCCUGGUGAGAUCUCUACACUGGAUUUCAAAAGAGACAAGGGCUAGAACUCUCUCUGGUUGAGCCGCUCAACAUUUGACCCAAACCGUUUCCUCCGGAUGAAAACUUGCGCCUGUGGGUCUCGCGCCCCCCGCUCCCGGGGGCUCUUUUGCCUCUGAUCCCUCGGUAUAAAAUCUCAGUUCAGACGGUUAUUUAGCACAAACACAGCUUGGACAAAGCUGCUUUUUUGCUCAGAGAAUUCAGACUCUGCCCUGUUUUCUUUUGUUCAAUAAAAUCUUUAACUGCAA